UCUAAUUACACAACUCUCCAGAAUCAGCUGUUCAGUCACCUCAUUUUUGUUUUCCCUGCUUUUAUUUAUUACAAUUACCCAAAUAAACACAACGCCAGCAUGGACGCGAAGUAGGAAACGCCAUGGAGACGCUGCCAUGUGCCAACCAGCUGCCGGAGCACCAGCAGCCGCAGCAGCAGCUCGUGAAUCUCAGCAUAGAUGCGAGUCUGGCCGAGAAUGUGGUCAGUAUUCCCAAGGAGCUGAUCCUCAUUUCGCUGGUCUCCCAGGAGCAGUCGCUCUACAAUCCCAAGCACCCCAACUACCGCAGCACCAAGACCAAGGAUGAGAAAUGGCUGGAAAUCGGAAGCAAUGUGGGUUGGUCAGAUGUCCAGUGCAAGUCCAAGUGGAAAGCUAUGCGGGAUCAGUACUGCCGGGAACUUAAACGCGCUAAAGCCUGUUCCAAAGCGGUCAAGUGGAAGUACUUCAAGGAGCUGGAUUUUCUGCGUCCAUAUGCGCUGGCAAGAAAUUACAGAGGAAGAUCUGGACAGAACACCAAUGGUAUCGUUCCUACUUCAGUACCAAUGUCGCUGCCUCUUAGUACUUCCUUUAGCAGCAAUAGCAGCAGCCAGAACCUCAACCUCUCCGGGAACAUUAAGAUUGAAGAUGCCAGUGCCUCCACGCUGCUGGACAACUGUACCUUCAGCUCAACCAGUUCAGCCGACAAGAAGUCAGCACCUACUUUUUUAACUAGCCAUAUUGGAGCCGUGUUGCAGCAGCAACAGCAACAAAUGCAGACGCAGCCGGAGACCAACUGGAACUAUCUGACGGAUACGGGAGGUGGUGAAACUCCAUCGAUCAUAGUGCAGUGUGGCACGGCCAACACUACCACUGUGGUGGAUACUCUCUACAACGAAAUAGUGGACUGUGUGAAUGCCGCCAAUCAGUCAAACUCAGCGGCAACAGUAACUUCGGGUGUAUCCGCAAAUUCAGCAUCGCACAAUCCAUCGACAAACGCCGAGGAGGAGGAUGACGACCCGAUACACACCUUCCUUAACAUGGAGAGCUAUUUUGAAAAAGAACUGAUUACGCUGAUCCAGCAGGAGGACAUGAUCUACAACUACGGCAACGAGAACUAUCGCAAUGCCAAGCUCAAGAUGGAGGUGUGGGAGGAGAUCGCCAGAAAGCUGAAGAAGUCGGUGAAACAGUGUCGGCUGAAGUGGAAGGCUCUAAGGGACCAAUAUGCACGGGAGCACAAGCGAUUAAGGACACUGAUGCACAUAGACGCCACUUCGCGUUGGAAGCAUUAUGACUCGCUCAGUUUCCUGCAAAAGUACAUACAACAAAAGACCCUAGAUAGCGAUUCGCAACUCAGUAUGCUCAUACCCAAGAAUGAUCCUGUAAGGGAACUGGAGGAGCAUAUGGUUCACCCUCACUCGCCGCCAACUCAGCAAAGUACCUUGGAGUCAUCUUCCUCAAGUUCCCAGCUCAACAUCCCCGCCAUGCCUCAUUUGACGGGUCCCCACAAGGCCGAGCAACAACAGCAACAGCAGGAAGAUCAUCAGCAUCAGCAACAGCAACAACAGGCCAGUGAGCUGUGUGUGGCCACCUACGAUGAAAUGGACAUCGAGAACUACAUCAAUGGGGAUGCACACCAUGAUGAAGAGGAGGAAGAUGACGAGGAUGAGGAGAUGGAAACCACAACGGCGGCGGAACAAACACCUCAGCAGCAAGAUCAGCAUGUAAUCACCUAUGAGCAUGACGAUGGGCCCGUUUACAUGGCUGUUCAAAACGUUGGCGGUGCCAUGACCAAGCAGGAGCAGCUCAGUGAGGGAGCCACCAGCCUUGAGCAUCAGCAGCUACAAUCAGCUGGAGAGUAUCAAAAAUUGGAAAUACAGACUCCAACUACUCCUCGUUACCAGAAUGCUGCUACUACCCCAAGCUCCACUUCUACGUCUCGCUACCACUCGGCUCCCAUAACGCCUAACAAACCCAGCCACAUGGAAUUCCCUUCCAGCAACGGCCACAAUUCUGGUGAAGAUGAUGAAAUUGGAGCCUUUUUCAGGGCAGUGGCCAUGAAAAUACGUAAUGCUCAUCUAGAACCGGUGGCUUUUACCGAUCUGCAAAUUGAAAUUCUGCGUGUCAUCAACGAGGCACUGAGGAAUCACUAGUAUCACUAGUGACCUUACGCUACCUAGAGAAGAAUAAGGAGCUUGAGCGGACCAUCAAAGGUUUCAGGGCGAUUUAUUCUAGUUUUAAGUGUUAUUUCAAAAGUGUUUAUUUUACUGUCUAGACGAGUUGAUAUUUUUGUACAUUUUCUUUUUAAUGUGUGAACUUUUUAAAGCGGAAAUCGAUUGCUAAACCAGCUCAAAGGCGAAACUUAAAAUGUUACGUGUAAAUAGACCAAAAUCCAACAAAACAGAAAUAAAUAGUGUUUAUUAGCUUAGGAUGAUUCCGGAUUCCGGAUCUGUCGGAACCGGAACUAAAAAUUCAAAUUAUUUAAAUAUUUGUAACCAAAUCUAUUGUAAUUCGUACAAUGUCAAAAAGCAAAAAAAUAUAUUUUUAAAGCAA